UAAGAAAUUGACCCUUGAGGUGGAAGCCGAUACCGACAAUUUCGAGUCGUGGGAGAAGCUCAUCCGUGCUUGUGAGGCUCAAGAAGGAGGUCUCAACCGAAAUUCAAGUCCCCAGGCACUAGCUACUCUUCGCGAUGUCUACGAUCGAUUUCUCCUCAAGUUUCCUCUUCUCUUCGGGUACUGGAAGAAGUACGCUGAUCUCGAAUUUAAUAUUUCCGGUCCUGAAUCUGCCGAAAUGAUUUACGAGCGUGGAUGCGCGAGUAUAACUAACUGUGUUGAUUUAUGGGCUUCAUACUGUUCCUUCAAGAUGGAGACCACUCAUACCCCCCAUUUGGUCAGAGAGCUUUUCGAGCGAGCCGCCACUGCUGUCGGCCUCGACUUUCUGGCACAUCCCUUCUGGGACAAGUACAUUGAGUAUGAAGAGAGACAGGAGGCUCACGAUAAGAUCUUUGCCAUCUUGCAGCGAGUCAUCCAUAUCCCGAUGCACCAGUAUGCUCGGUACUACGAGCGCUUCCGGCAACUUGCCCACAGCCGGCCUAUCAAGGAGCUUGUACCGCCCGAGACGCUUGCCCGUUUCCGGGCGGAGGUAGAGGCUGAGAGUACUGCGUAUGGUGCAAUGCCACGAGCUGAACUGGAAAUCGAGCGAGACAUACGUGUCAAGAUCGAUUCUAUGUUCUACGAGGUCUUCCAGAAGACCCAGGAUGAAACAAAUAAACGAUGGACUUACGAAUCGGAGAUUAAACGGCCGUACUUCCACGUUACCGAGCUUGAAAGUUCGCAGCUAGCUAACUGGCGGAAAUAUCUCGACUUCGAAGAGAGCGAGGGUGACUUUGCCAGGACGACGUUUCUCUACGAGCGUUGUGUCGUUACUUGCGCCUUAUACGACGAGUUCUGGUUGCGAUAUGCCAGGUGGAUGUCGGCUCAGCCCGGGAAAGAGGAGGAAGUUCGUCAUAUCUAUAUGAGAGCUGCCACUCUUUUUGUACCUAUCAGCCGUCCGGGCGUCCGGCUGCAGUUUGCUUACUUUGAGGAAUCUUGUGGCCGCACUGGCGUCGCCCGAGAUAUCCACGAAGCUGUAUUGAUGCAGCUACCUGAUUGUGUAGAGGCUAUCGUGUCUUGGGCAAACCUCGAGAGACGACAAAACGGGCUCGAUGCCGCGAUUCAGGUCUAUAAGGCUCAAAUUGACGCGCCACACGUUAAUAUCUUCACGAAAGCCGUUCUUGUUACCCGGUGGGCUUUCCUCUUAUGGAAGAUCAAGGGGUCUGUCGAGGAAGCAAGAACCGUGUUCCUUAAGAACGUUCAGUGGUAUGCUGACAGUCGUCAUUUCUGGGAGAAGUGGCUUGAGUUUGAACUGGAGCAGCCGACGAACGCCGAGACGGAAUCCCAGCAUUCCGAACGUAUCAAGCAUAUUUUUGAUGAGCUAUUAGCCAAGAGCCGAAUAUCAUCGACGGCUAAGAAGGACUUGUUCUUGGUCUAUCUUACCUAUCUCCAAGAGAGAGGAGGCGCAGAAGCGAUGAAAGAGUUCCUUACUAUCGAUCGUGAGAUUUACGGGUAUGUUCCUCUUUUUGAAGCUACGUCUACGCCGAUAUGCUAACUUUGAAUGUAGUCCUACUUCGUUAUCAGCACUU